AUGAAUACGCAGCGAGCGACGCAUUUGUUUCAGUCCGAUGCCGCGUUGGCAAUCGGGCAAGAACGCGCUGCGAAAGCAGCAAGGACGGCCCAAGGAGAAGAGUACGGUCAUCCCAUUUGGCUGGGCGUAGGACCUAGUCCGUUGCCUAGCGAAGAUCGCGACGCGUCUGACGCGCCGAGUUCUGCGCCGCGUGACUUUGCGUCGCUUGCAGAGCGAGCAGCGGGGGCCGAUGGUGGAUUGACAAAAGUUAUUGCGGCUACCAUGCCUCGGCCUGACCAACCCCAAGUAUGGACUGCCGAAAGUGGGCGUAUGGCUCGGCACACGCAUUUGGAGUCUGGCGAUGCUAUGCACCAAUUAAAAGGGCACGGUGGCCCUGUCUCCGGUGUAGCUUCCCUUGUGGUAUCUAGGUCGCGGACCUUGCUAUUUACUGCGUCAUGGGACAAGCAUAUCCGUAUCUGGGCUAUCGGACAGCAUGCCAAGCCAUCGCCGUUGGCGACCAUCGAACAUGCGGGGACGGAUUUGCUCAAGUCGCUGCAUGUUGACCCUAUGCACCGCAUCCUUCUCAGUGGCGGUAGUGACAAAAUGGUGCGUGUAUGGGACCUAGGGCCUUUGAUGACAUGGGCGCAGUCCUUGUCGGAUGCAGACUGGCCAUACUCUGUGACGACUCCCGCACCGCUGCCUUCGUUGCGGGCUACGCUGCGUGCGCAUACACGUCCUGUCGUAGUACUCACAUCCUUACCACCUGCCCCGAGCGAUGCGAUUCUUCCUGACGUGCCUACAUCCUGCACCUUUUUCUCGGCAGAUUCCAUGGGCCGCAUUUUGCAAGUCUCAGUGGAGGAAAACCGUUGUGAAGUGCUUCGCGAACUCAACGGUCAUGAGACCAACAUUCACGCUAUGUGCCCUGUGUGGCGUGAAACGGAAGAUGGGCGGUAUACGGCAGACAUAUGGACCGUCUCAUCGGACAAGACGGUGCGUCGCUUCCCUUUGUCGGCGUGGGCACGUGGGCCUGUGCUACCAGGCCGUGUCUCGCAGGCGGGCGGGGUGCUUGGCACGCAGCCUGCUGUCUAUGCCGAUGUUCAACUGAUAUUGCCGUCGGGCGCCCGCUCAGUGCUGCCAUUGGAACCUUUGCAUGCGUCUCUUCGAGACCAAGUGCUUAUUGGUGCGGCGGAUGGCUCUUUGCAAGUAUGGCAUCUGUCCGCGCCCUCGCAUGCCCUACACGCUCUCGAUGGACACUGGCACGAAGUCACUUUCCUUGGCGUUUGGUACCGCCACCAAGCGCCAUGGAUUGUAUCGUGUUCCUUGGACGGCACCAUCCGUCGUUGGCCUCUCACACGUGUCUUAGAGCCUGCCUCCACGCCUAGUGCACCGCCAGCGACUACGUCCACGUCGAUGCUCACCGCCGAGGAAGAGGCAGAGUUGGCCGAUCUUCUGUCAAGUGAUGACGACGAUAUCACAGUGUAA